UGAAAGCACAUCACGGAACAGAAGAAAGUGGCAAAACUGAAUUAUAUAGUUGAAUUUAAAAUAAUUUCAUUUCAUUUCCACGCAAUGGGGAGCUCAAGCUGGGCUCUCCUCGUACUCGGCGUUUUCUUAGUCCAGAGCACAGCAGAUAUUCCCGGCUGCAACUAUUUUGAUACCGUCAAACUGACACAAGAGCAACAGCUUGAGAAUGGAUCAUAUCGAUAUAGAAACGUUAUAAUUCCGAAAGAAAAAACCGGAAUAUACGACUACCGAAUAUCGCUCGACGGCAAAAUGCAAAUGGCCUCCAAUUAUACGAGGGGUUGUGUCUGCCAUGUUAAAUCGUGCAUACCAUUUUGCUGCGACCCACACGAGUUCCUUGUGGACGCCCUCUUGAACGUAACCCUGUUCAAUGGCACAGAGACGGAAAUAAAUCUGCGCAAGGACUUUCUCGUUCAGCCAGUCUAUGAGGAAUUUUGCGACUUUAUUGGUCUGAAUAGCAGCUUGGAUCAUCAGUGGACUUUGUUCGAGAAUGGGAUUCUGUUCAAGCAUACCAAUAACCACAACAAAAAUAAAGGGCGCUAUUGCCUGGUGCCGCUUGCGGUCAACGAUGAUGUCUACAAACUUGGUGCCCACUAUUUAGCCGAGAGUUCGAGCACAAAAAGCACGAUUACUCUACCUGAUGCAUUGCGAGUUAUUUCAAUAUUCUGUAUGAUUAUUACCAUUGCGACGUAUCUGUACUUCCCCAAAUUCCGUUCAGUGUACGACAAAUGCUGCAUAUGCUACUUUUUUUGCCUAGCCGUUAGCUUCACGUUGCUGUGGUGCGAGUCGCUCUAUCGAGAAAGUAUUCCUUUUAAAUGGGUGUGCAAUUUUGUUGGUUACAUUGGGUAUUACACUGUUAUGGCCACAUUCCUUUGGCUCUUGAUGAUCAACUUUACGCUGUGGAAGAAAUUUAAAAACCUUGGCAUUGCGUGUAAUUCCAACUUUAAGAAAUAUAAUAUCAUCGUUUGGAGCGUUUCUGCUGGGCUACUUGGAAUCACACUUUUGGUUGCGUAUCUAUUUGAAAUGGACGAAAACUUUGACGUGGAUAAUAAAAGCCAAUGGCAGCCCAGAAUUGGAUAUUUUUCCUGUUGGAUCGAAACUGAGGAUUAUUCGGCAAUGAUCUACUAUUAUGGUCCCAUAUUGUUGGCCAUACUUAUCAACAUAUGGCUUUCUAUUGCAUCGGCAAUGAUAAUAUAUAGAGAGGACCAGAAUAAUUGCCGCGUGUGGAGUAACGCCGAGAGUAGCAACAAACUUGCACAUCAAGCCAAGCAAGUGAUUUUUAUUGAUUUGCAUGUUUACAGAUUUUUAAGUUAUUUUCAUUUAGUUUCAUUAUUCUUCCGUCUAUUCGCCAUAACAGGCGUAUCAUGGCUUCUGGAGAUAAUUGCUUUUCUCUGUUCAAUCAACAAUUUUGGAGUAACCCAGCUAAUUGACAUAAUAACCUCUGCCCAAGGCAUACUUUUGUUUUUUGUAUCAGUCUUGAAAAAGGAAGUGAUAAAGGCUUUUAAUGAGAGGGUGGAAAAACGAAAAAGCGGAAACUCAAAUGACUAUAUCAAUGCGACCGACUCCUAAGCCUAUUCGUUUAUGUAUACAAAUAGAUUUGAUAUAUAUACAUAUAUACAGUUGGAUAUACUACUGGAUGUUACAGCAUUAUACAUUAAUAUGCGAAAGACUUAUUCAGGCACUACAUACUUAUAUAUCCGAACAGGCUAGUCAAGGUAAACGCAAAUUGUAACAUUUUUACUGUCACAAAUUAUUUAAGAAAAUUAUAUUUACUUUGCCGUGUUUUUAAUGAGUCCACAAAAACAUUAAUCAAUGUUAUCCUGCUGUUAGCAACAUUGGACAUUGGAAACACAAACUGAGGGUUUUAAAUAAACUAGUUGUUUUCCACAAAAUUCAG